GAAACAAUAAUAAAUAUACCAACACAACAAUACAAUAAAAUGCAUGUGAAGAUUGAGCAAUAUGAUUUUGUAGGCAAGAAUGGGCCAUACGCAACCUAUUUUAUGAAGAUUGUGAAAGCCACGAUUAUUUGUUACCCAACUUUUCGCAAAGCUGAACCAGUCUUGAACUUGCAGAGACUCUGGAAACACCUACAUUCUUGCAGCACCCAUCAAACACACAAAAAUGGUUGAGUUUGAAGAUAAAGAUAAAUUCUCCCAUCCUCUGCUCACUGAUGUUGAGUCUUCAUCCUCAGAUUCUGAUGCUUCCGUCAAAAGAACAGGGACUGUAUGGACAGCAAUUGCCCAUAUAAUAACAGGAGUGAUAGGGUCAGGAGUGCUUUCAUUGGCAUGGAGUGUGGCUCAGUUGGGGUGGAUUGCAGGCCCUCUGAGUAUGGUGGUGUUUGGAAUCAUCACUAUAAUUUCUUCCAAUAUUCUUUGUGAUUGUUACAGAUAUCCUCAUCCUGAGGUGGGCCAUAUCAGAAACAAGUCCUAUGCUGAAGCUGUGAGUUCUUAUCUAGGGAAAACGUGUAUGUGGGUGGUUGGAAUAUUUCUUCACGAAAGUUAUUUUGGAUUUGGAAUUGCCUAUACCAUAACAUCUGCAGUCAGUAUAAGGGCUAUUCUGAAAUCAAAUUGUUACCACAAGGAGGGGCACGAUGCUCCAUGUGAAUACGAAGACAGUUUGUUCAUUCUUUUGUUCGGAGCUGUUCAGCUAGUAUUCUCUCAGAUACCCGAUUUCCAUAACAUGGAGUCACUCUCGAUAAUUGCUGCCGUCAUGUCCUUUGCUUACACCUUCAUUGGGCUGGGUCUUGGUUUCGCAAAAGUAAUAGGAAAUGGACAGAUCAAAGGUGAUAUUCAUGGAGUACCGGCAAGUAAUACAAUUCGAAAAGUGUGGCUCUCGUCACAAGCAUUGGGAGACAUAGCUUUUGCUUUUAACUAUAACAUAAUUCUUUUGAACAUUCAGGAUACACUUAAGGCACCUCCUGAAGAAAACAAGACGAUGAAGAGGGCCUCAUGUAUAUCCAUACUUAUCACGUCCUUCUUCUUCCUCUUAUGCGGAUGCUUUGGAUAUGCUGCUUUUGGCAACGAAGCUCCGGGAAAUCUUCUGACGGGAUUUGGAUUCUACGAGCCGUACUGGCUCGUUGGCCUUGCUAACGUGUGUAUUGUUCUCCACCUUGUGGGAGGAUAUCAGAUAUACAGUCAGCCAUUGUUUGCAGCAGCUGAAGCAGAGAUCGCGAAGAAGCAUCCCAAUAGUGGGUUCGUGAACAACGAGUACAUAGUGAAGCUCCCACUCGUGCCGCGUUUCAAGUUGAAUCUUCUACGACUAUGCUUCAGAACUAUUUAUGUUGCGGCCACGACUAUACUUGCACUACUCUUCCCCUACUUCAACGAAGUGUUAGGAGUGCUCGGAGCAUUGAAUUUCUGGCCGUUGGCGAUAUACUUUCCGGUGGAAAUGUACCUGGUGCAGAAUAAGGUGAGAGCUUGGACAGGUACAUGGAUAGUUCUUCAAGCUUUCAGGAUCUUUUGCUUGCUUUGCACGAUUUUAGCGUUUAUUGGCUCUGUAGAAGGGCUUAUAUCCAACAAAUUUAAGUAAGUCCUAGCAUGAUUCUUGUGAGUUGCUACCACUAAAUUUGAGCUUUGAACUCAUGUUUUGUUUUUGUAAUUAGUGAAAUAAUUUAUGUGGUGUUUCAUCAAAGGAAUGUCUUGUAUAAGAUGGUCUUUAGCCCCAUCAGAUGAGUCUUGAACCGGAUUCAAAUUCUGUAAAACAUCAAUAAAAUUACAAAUAUGUCAUCAAA